AAAACCCUUUCCCCUCAAAAAGAUUUUUCAAUAUUUCAUUUCUCUAUUUCCCAUCUCUUCUUGACUAAGAGAGAAAAUGGAAGAAAUGGCUUCUUUAUGGAGUUAUCAAGAGAACAUAGAUGAAACGAGGCAGAAGCUUAUGUACACUAAUCUUGAACUUGAACAAUUGAAGCUGGAGAAAAGUGAAGAAAUGAGGAAGAACAAAGAAUGUGUGAAGGAAAUAAUCCAACUACUAAAUAUGGCUUGUCAAGAAAGAGAUGAAGCAAAAGAUCAACUUCAGAAAAUACUCAACAAACUUUCUCAUGUUCAAGUUGACAGUCCUCUUGUAAAGGCUACAAAUGAAAAUUCAAGCAUAACUGAAUCAAACAAUUACCAGUCACACAAUUCAUCCCCGGUCGAGUCAUUUCUUGAUGCAGUUUCAUCCCCUGAAUUUUCCAACAACAACAUGGCUGAUUCAAAUGCAUUAGCCUAUGAUUGUAACGUUCGAUUCUCGGACAAUUGUGUCCCAACAGUUGAUGAGGCUACGUUGGUUAUUGACAAUCUUGUAAAGGGGAAAACUUUGCCACAGAAAGGGAAACUAUUGAAGUCUGUUAUUGAAGCUGGGCCACUUUUGCAAACACUUUUAGUUUCAGGACAACUUCCACAAUGGCGAAAUCCGCCUCAGCUUAAGUCAUUUAAUAUUCCACCAGUUUCAAUUAAAGGGUUUGAAGCUGAGAUUGCAAAUUUGAGCUGUUCUGUUUCAAGAUCAUUGUGUUCUCAGAUGUCAUAUGGUUCUCAACAGAUGUUGUCAACAUCUAUGCUAAACUUUGCUAACUCUGGUUCUGUUUCCUGUUUGGAAAAUCAGAGUUUGAUGUCUUCUGGUUCAAAUAUGAACAGUUUUGUCCUGGGAAAGAGACAAAGGUUGCAGUGAAAUAAAGUUGUAGGAUGAAAGGCCUAUGCUUCCAAUUUUUGUAUAAAGCAGAUUGCCUGGUGUAAAUGGCUAUAUUGAGUUUUACCAUUUUCUAAAAGAUAAUUGUUAAGAUGGAUGGAUAUGGUUUAAUCAUAUCCUACAUAGAUUUUGAGAUUUACCUACUUAUAAGUUUGACAAUAUACUUAUAGAAGGUGUUAAUAGUAAAGGAAUGUAACAUUCGUAAUGAUCGACUUUACGAAGAUUUUAGUGGA